CAACUUCGUAUCUAUUCUCUUUAUGGUAUCCAGAGCUUUAUAAUUUUUUUUUUUUCAUCUCUGCCCUAAGCUCGUUCUGCCUUUCAUGGCAAACCACAACCAGUCUAUUCUGGCUCUUGCCAACACCACAACUUCCAAUUUCAAUUUUCAAAUCCCACCUAUCCAUCUCAAACUUGAACGGGAGAACUACUCCCUGUGGCGAUCUACCAUUAUCUCUGUUUUAGAGACCUUUGAUCUUGAGUCUUUCAUCUUGGAUCCUUCACCACCAUCUGAGACUCACUCUGUCACCGAUGCUGACGGUGUUUCCACCAUUGAACCAAACCCUGAUUUUGCACUUUGGAAAAAGCGUGAUCGCUUUGUUCUGCUAUGGAUUAAAUCUACCCUCUCUGAGCGUGCACUCUCAUUGGUUGUUCGUGCCACAUCAUCUCAGAUGGCCUGGACAGCCAUUGAAAACACGUUCCAGGCUCAAACCCGAGCUCGUCGCAUGGCUAUGAAACUUCAAUUGCAGACGUUGAUGAAAGGGUCUCUCUCUGUGAUGGAUUAUAUUGAGCGCAAACGGUCUAUUGCCGAUUCUCUGGCCGAAAAUCUACAUCCUAUCUCUGAUGAAGAUCUCAUUGGUUAUAUUUUGAGUGGUCUGGAUUCCUCCUAUGGGGCUUUCAUCACAGCUUUCAUGAUGAAGUCUGAUGAUGUUUCCGUAGAUGCACUUACUGGUCUUCUUCUUCAGGAGGAAGCCAGACUCGAGCAGGAGCAUACGCGACAACUUGGAAUCGUCUCACCGUCCCUUCCUCCACCACCGCCACCGCCAAUGUCCGGCUCCUCCGCUCUCGCUGCUACCCGGUCCUCUCCCAGACCAUACUCCAACAGCACCAAUACCACCAGUGGCGCUGGUUCGUCUUCUACUCGCCCUCCUGACACUCGUCGUCGUAGACCGAUGUGUCAACUUUGCAGUAAACCAGGUCAUGAGGCUAUCGAUUGUUGGCAGCGCAACAAUCAAACUGAUUUCCCAUCUCGUAGAUUAAAUCCACGAAAUAACUCUCGCCAGGCCAAUACUGCUACCACGGGUUCCUCUUCCACUGUCCUGGACCCGUCCUGGUACUUCGACACGGGUGCUACGGACCAUGUCACUCCUGAUAUUGGCAAGAUUUCUCUGGCAGACACCUACACUGGUGAUGAUAAGCUGCAAGUUGGAAAUGGUAACCAUCUGUCUAUUUCUCAUAUUGGCUCAUGUUCUUUGCAAAAUCUUUGCUUGCCUAGUGUAUUCGUUGUUCCUAACCUCACCAAAAAUCUUCUUAGCGUUUCCAAACUUACUAAUGAUAAUAAUGUUUACAUGGAGUUUUGGCCCACUCAUUGUUCUGUUAAGGAUUUUCAGGGGCGAACCAUACUCCAAGGGGACAUUAAACAUGGACUUUACCGACUUCCUUCUUCCGCCAAUAACAUGCCUUCCACCAUGGCACUCACUGGUGUACGCACAAGUCUUCAUGGUUGGCAUCAACGUCUUGCACAUCCUCAUGAGGCUCUUUUACGGCGUCUUCUCGUUCAGUUUCAACUUCCAGUUUCCUCAAAUAAAUUUCCCACUGUUUGUGAACCAUGUCAAAUGGGAAAAAGUCAUCGUUUUCCUCUUCCUACAUCUCAUGUUGCCUCUCCCACCCCUUUUGAAUUGAUGUACUCAGAUGUUUGGGGACCAUCCCCCUUAUUUUCAAUUAAUGGAAAUCGCUACUUUGUUUUGUUCAUUGAUGAUUGUACUAAAUUUGUAUGGAUUUAUUUCUUAUCUCAUAAGUCUCAGGUUUUAUCUACUUUUAUUCAGUUUCGUAAAAUGAUUCAAACACAGUUUCAUAGUGACAUCAAAUGUCUUCAAUCUGACUGGGGUGGCGAGUUUCGUAAUGUUUCUGUUUAUCUUCAACAACAUGGUAUUCAACAUCGUCUCUCUUGUCCGUAUACUCAGGAACAAAAUGGUGCGGUUGAACGUCGCAAUCGUAUCAUUGUUGAAAAGGGACUGACCCUAUUAGCCCACUCCUCACUUCCACAGGUUUUCUGGGAACAUGCAUUUAAAACUGCUACUUAUCUCCAUAAUCGCACUAUCACUCCACUAUUGCAUUUUCAAUCACCGUAUCACAAACUCUAUAAUAAAACUCCAGAUUAUGGUUUUCUCAAGACCUUUGGUUGUCUAUGCUAUCCUUUCUUACGCCCUUACAACCAACACAAAAUUGAUUUUCGCUCUCUUCCAUGUGUGUUCCUUGGUUAUAGUGUUGCACAUAAGGGGUACAUUUGUUUUCACCAACCCACUUCCCGCAUCUAUAUUUCCCGUCAUGUUGUUUUCAAUGAAGAUGUUUUUCCCUAUGAUCAACAACCUUCACCUUCUAGUUCUCCCUCCCGUUUACCGCCCUCACCCAGUCCUCCCACACUGCUCCAACAGGCUGCUGCAUUGCCAUCCAUGUCUCCACCCGUGACACCAUCUCCACCAUCUGUCUCUUCUCCGUCUUUAUCAACACCUACACAAUCACCCCCUACCUCUAGUCUGACCCCUCCUCCCCCAUAUCAGCAGUCCACUAUUAGCUCCCGUGCCAAACAGUCCCGAGCCUCCACCUCUCACUAUCGGCCGGCUACUCACAAUACUCAUCCAAUGGUUACUCGGGCUCAAACAAAUUCCUUAAAACCCAAACUUUUUACCUCUCAUAUCUCCUCUCCUUGCACCCUAGAACCUUCUACUUAUGCCCAAGCUGUCAAAUAUCCUCACUGGCAGCAAGCUAUGCACCAAGAAUAUGCUGCUCUCAUGCGAAAUAAGACUUGGUCCAUUGUUCCUUGUCCUACUAAUGUCAAUGUUAUUGGUUCUAAGUGGAUUUUCAGGAUUAAACACCACUCGGAUGGAUCCAUUGAACGGUAUAAGGCUCGGUUGGUUGCACAGGGUUAUAAUCAAGAGGCAGGUAUUGAUUUCUUUGAUACAUUCAGCCCGGUUGUUAAACCCACUACUAUUCGGUUGGUUCUUUCUAUUGCUCUUUCCCAUGGGUGGUGCAUUCGGCAACUUGAUAUCAACAACGCUUUUCUUAAUGGUGACUUACGUGAAGUUGUUUACAUGAAACAACCCCGUGGUUUUGAAGAUCCCAACCGUCUGUCUCAUGUCUGCCGUUUACACAAAGCCAUUUAUGGGCUAAAACAGGCUCCGCGGGCUUGGUUUACUAAGCUAAAAUGUUAUCUGGUUCAGCAAGGAUUUCGUGCUUGUCAGUCAGAUACUUCGUUGUUUGUUCACAUUUCUUCUACCUCCAUCAUCUACAUUCUUGUAUAUGUGGAUGAUUUGAUCAUUACAGGUACUCAUCCAGAUUUGAUUCAGCGCUUCAUCACACGCUUACAUCAAGUGUUUGCUCUCAAAGAUCUCGGCAAUCUGCAUUUCUUCCUGGGCUUACAAAUUCGCAGAAACUCCACAGGUAUUACUUUGUCCCAACAAAGUUACAUCCAAGAUAUUCUCCAGCGAAGUAAUAUGCAGGAUUCUGCUCCAGUUUCUACACCGUCUGAUCCCAGCUCUCGGCUUACUCGUCAUGGUGAUCUCUUUCCUGAUCCCAAAUUUUUUCGGCAGAUUGUGGGUUCUCUUCAAUAUGUUACCAUCACCCGUCCUGACAUUGCAUAUGCUGUCAACCGGGUGUGUCAAUUUAUGCACUCCCCUACCACUCUUCAUUGGCAGGCCACCAAACGGAUUCUGCGGUAUUUACAGGGAACUUCACAUCACUGCCUGCAUUUCACUCCCACUGCAGCCACUUCUCUUCUUGCUUUUUCUGAUGCAGGUUGGCUCUCUGAUCCCGAUGACAGCAGGUCUCAAUAUGGGUAUGCCAUCUUUCAUGGUUCUAAUCUUAUCAGUUGGACUUCACGAAAGCAACGGGUUGUGGCACGCUCUAGUACGGAGGCUGAGUAUCGCUCUCUUG